AUGAAGCUCGUUGGAUGCAAAGAAGUAAAGAAAAAAGGGUACACAAAAGUAACCUUGGGAUGGAUGCAGACUGUUCGAAAGGGCCGCCAAGGAACUAACAUAAAAAAGCGCCUCACUGGAAAUGCACAAUUGCGCUUUCCAAAUUGGGAUGAUGUUCCUUCUCACCAAGAAAAUCCCAUCAUCACUGAGAUAACUACUCCUCCCAAAAUGUUCGACUCCUUCAAAGUGACCAAACUGUGCGACCAAGAAAGCGUCAGCAGCCACUUAAUAACGAUCGGGUCAUUCAACAUUCUCUGUGAUUUACCUUUGAACCCAAGGGAAAUACUGAAUUUUAAGAAAAGCACAAUAAACUGCAACAAUGUAGAUGAAGAGAAGUCACAGGAGGAUAAAUACAUACGGAUUACAAACCUGGAGACGGAAGCUCUAUCGAAUAAAUUAUUACUAAACAUAAGUAGUGUGCCGAUAAAAAUUCACAUCAUUUUAAUUUCCUGCAGUGAAUGUUUCAUGGGGUUACCAAUAUUUUGCAAAUAUUUCGACGUAUCAGAUACGCACAUAGUUUGCACAAAAUUGACGUUCACCUUUGCAUUAAGCGCAGUCGAGAAUUUACAGAAAAAGGAAAAUUAUUUGCCUCCGUGGGAUGAAGAAGAUGAUCGGAAGGAGAAGUUUAGCAAAGGGAGUUUCAGCAAAGGGAGUUUCAGCAAAGGGUGUUUCAGCAAAGGGAGCUUCUGCAAAGGAAAUUUCAGCGAAGGAAAUUUCAGCGAAGAUAAUUUCAGCGAAGACAAUUUCAGCGAAGACAAUUUCAACACAGAUGAAUAUUUGGAUUUAAAAUUAAGCUUCAGAAAUUCUCUACAUUUAUUAUCAUAUAAAGAAAAAAUAAGCUUCCAGCAAAAUGAUGAAAUUGUUUGUAUUACUCCCUACAGUAGUGGGUACUCCUUGGGCAGCUGCAACUUUGUUGUUAAGACAGACCUUAUGAAUUUAUGCAUUAUUAACAAAAGCUGCUAUAAUAUUAAAAGACACCCCUCUACUCUAGAUUUGACAUGCCUGGAAAAGGCAGACUUUGUUCUUUUUACCGCAUAUGUGAAGGGGGAUACAAGUACGGGGGAGCCUCCCCAGAGCGGGAACGCGCCAAGCGGAGGAGCCUCAAAAGGGGAAUCUCCAAACAGAAGCACCCCAAGCGGGAGCGCCCAAAACAGCAGUGUUCCCAGCGAAGGCCCCCCCAGCGAACGAACCAGGGAAAAAAUAAACAUGUGCAUCGAAAAGAACUACAAAGAUAGCCUAAAUAAGAUAUGCUCCAUCGUCCUGCGGACGAUCAAAAGCAAGGGGUGCGUACUGAUCCCGGUGGAUCUGAACUUCUUGUACUUCCUCGAGUUAAUCGAGUUGAUAGGUGUAGUCAUCAGCAAAUAUUUAGCCAAAGAAGAACAAGUACUAAUCUUUACCAUAAUAGGUAACAUCAAUAAUGUGAUUCACCAAGCAGAUCUGUGUGCCGAAUGGGUAGAAGAAUCGAGAAAAAAAAAAUGCAGCAAAAUUUCCAAUCCACAGGGACCCUUUUCCAUUGAAAUUAUGAUAAAAAAUAAUCGACUAAUUACAGGAAAUGACAUAAAUGAUAUAUCCAAACUGUUUAGGUAUCCAUGUGUAUGUUUUGUACAAGAUUCAUCUUUGCGAUUUUUUGAAUCUUCCACCUUGUUAGAAAAGUGGGCCAUGGAAGAAAACAAUUCACUUUUGCUAAUCGAUCCCUACUACGACCCUGUAGCAGUGUUGGCUCCCUUCCACAUCUACCUUAAAAAAAUAAAUAUCUUUUUUUGCCCCAUUUCUUGGGAUCUAAAUGAGUCAGACAUUUGGGAAAUUAUAAACACCAAUGCGAAUAAAAAAUGUGUGUAUCUACUCCACCAUCGGUUGGGGGGGGGGUGCAGUUCACCUCGGAUUAACAGCCAAGUGGACACCACACAUGAAGGCAUAAAAAACAGCUACAACGUUGGAGAAAAAAACGAGGAAGAAGAAAAUUACAAUGAAAGGGGGAGGAACCCUCCAUACGGAAACUACACAAAUGGAAAUCCACAUGGAGAUGUGAACCCAAACGAUAUCAUCUACAUUUACCCACUACGCACGAGGGAAAUUAUUUAUGACACAUUUUCCCAGGUGGGUAAAAACAUGCACCCUGUCCCCUUUACUGUCGAUGGUACGAACAAUUUGAAAAAAAUAUUAACAAAGAUAGAUAACCUCCAUUGCGCGAAGGUCAGAUGCUCAUAUAAUAGAACACUCUUCGGGGAUUAUAUAAAGGAAGGUCAAAUGGAAAUAUGCAAAUCGGCCUUACAGAACAGAGAGGUAGAUAAUAAAAAAACAUAUAAUGAAUGGCUGAACGAAAAGGGAGUGAAUCUCAUGUUUGGGUCCAUACGCGAAGAAGAUUUUGUUGAUAAUUUACUCCAGUUUGGCUACAGCAAAAACGAUUUAGUAGUUAACCAUUCUGAGGGAAGAACCCCCGGCGUGCAGACUGAAAACUACUUGUGGAGCAUUACCAUCAAUUCAAUUAACUCCAAAGUGGUAUGCUACACAAAGUACGACAUCGAGGUGAUUAGCAGCCAUACCAAGCUGCGUCAACAGGUUAAGGAGAUUCUCCAGAGAAUCACGACCACGCUAUGA